AUGCAUUCGUCCUGGGGCACCGUCGGCUUCCAGGUGACCUUCCAGGGCUCCUCGAGGUUGGUUGCAAAGCUCCGACCGUAUCGUGUGAAGAUGUACCACACCUGCCGUAUCAAUGGCAGAGAGAUAGUCCUGCAACAUGAAACUGGUGACAUGGUCAUUGCCACCGGGCUCCCGACGGCAGAGACACAUACGAUCUGGUGCGGCAGGAACACCGAAGCCUUUUACGGCAAGACUAUCCUGGAGGAGCUUCUGGUGGAUGCAGGGACGCAGUUCUUGGAGCCACCAAGCUUGGAUGACCAACUUCGCUUGGAGUUCAUAGGAGACUCCAUCACUGCUGGCUGGGUGGUUCUCAACAGUGCGGGGUCCUACAUCAACCAGAACCAGACUGGCGAGGAUAUCUUUCAGACCUGGGAUCGUCAUUUGGCCGACGCUUGGGGCACAGCAGACUGGCGCGCCGUCGCACGCACGGGCAUUGGGAUUUUCCCGUACCAGGCUUAUGGGAUCCAGUUCCACGCGGUCCAGAAUCGAUUCCUCUGCUCGGAGUACAGUUCGUCCGUUUGCUGUGCUGUGCCCUGGGACUUCGCCCUCUGGCAGGCAGAUGUGGUGGUGAUCAACAUGGGCACCAACGAUUACAUCCCCCUCAAUCCGAACAAGCCUUCGGCUUCGAGAUUCCAGGGCGGCUACGAGGAGCUCCUGACAACUGUCCGGGCCAAAUAUCCAGGUGCCUUGAUCCUCUGCCUCAUGCCGCUGGCCUACACAUGCGACACGGAGUCCAGGUACAACGACAUGUACCAGGGUUUGACAGAUGCCGUUCGAGCACAGCAAGAUGAGAAGAUCCGGCUCCACACCACGGGCACCCGGGAGGCUCCUUGGCUGAACUGCUAUUCCGACUACGUGGAUGGCACACAUCCGACUCGGGAGGGUGGCCGGAAGUUCGCCGAAAGGCUCUUGCCGAGUCUCACUCCGGAUGUGCGGCGUUUCUUCCCACAGAAGUGCGGUGGAACAGGCCCCAGAUGCACGCCGGAAGGGAAGCCUACCACUGUGACUGUGACUCCCAGGCAGACAACCACUCGGAGCACGAGCAAGGCGACGACAGGCACAGUUUCGACCAGUACUGCAUCUACCGAAGCAGAGUCCAUUCUGCACCAGCUCUGCUGUGAACUGCCGAUCAUGCGGUGGGGAGCUGUGCACGGGUGCUGGGGGUCCUCCAACUACGACCCCAACAGUGCCGACGACAGUCUCAUCAACGACCGCAGCCACGACGACAAACGAAGGCACAACAUCUACUGGACCCGCAUCUACCGGUUCGGAGUGCUGCUAUCCAGACUGUGCCGAUUCCCAGAGGGUUUGCAACACGGAGGAGCAGAGUUCUUUCUGCACCAGCUCUGCUGCGAACUGCCGAUCAUGCGGGGGGGAGCUUUGCACGGGUGGCCGGAGUACCUGGUCCGAAGUGCCGAGGAGAAGGCAGAUCUGCUCUUCGACAAGGAGGUCCUAGAGCUUGGCGCUGGGGUCGCUGCCUUGCCGGCAUCGAUUGCUGCGCGGCUGGGCGCUCGCCGUGUAGUCGCCUCCGAUGGCCUCGAGGCGGAGGCCCCUACGGUACCGGCCCAGCCGAUCCAUCUCCAGGGCGUCCUCGAGCAGAUGAGGCAGAACCUGGCCCAGAACGCUCCGACUGUGGAGAUCCGCAGCAUCCCGUGGCUCCCGGCCGGGCGGCGGAGCUACCGACACAAGGACCAGUUUGACGUCAUACUCUUUGCAGAUGGCAUCUACACGGAGCGGGGCGCCCUACUCCUUGCGGACGCUGCCACGGCCCUGCUGAGGCCUAGUGGAGUGCUCUUGGGUGCACUACCUGACCUACGCUCCGGAAUUGAGUCCUUUGAGGACGACCUCCGCAGCCGGGGUCUCACGCCUUCCGAGGUUCUCCUCGACGAGGACAUGAUCUCGGCCGCUUCCCGACCCUACGAUGAGGUCUCCGAGUCCAUGAGCAGGGUGAAGGUUCCCUUGACAUCGGAGUACUUUGUGUUUCAUCACUGGAGUGUAGCUUGUUAUGCAGGGCCCGAGGCCCGAAGCCUUUAUUUCGAUGUGUCACCCGGGCGUGAGACCUGA